CAUUGACGUAAUGCGCGUGCCGAACGCAACCAGGAAAUAAAAGUAAACAAGGCAGAGGGAGACGAAAAUACUUUGUAGCGAAGGAUCCAUAUCCCGAGAAGAACCCAGUCAGAGGCGGACUGGAAACCGAUUUAGCUAUGUUAGCCAUCAGAUCGUCGGAGGAGGAGUCCACUGAGAUGGAGGAGAUGGACACCUCGGAGCCCAACUGGUGCUGGUUCUACCUCGCUGAGUGUGGAGUGUGGCAUAUGUUUGAGAUUGAUCCCAGUGCAGCCUGCUCUGUGACAAGUGCUCAGAUCGAGCAGUGCUACAACAGAAACCAGCGAGGCGUCAUGGAGUUCUACACAGCCAAGUACACCUACAGACUGGACUUCUCAGUGAUGCGGCAGAUAAAUGUAACGACAGGGAAGCAGCGGCCGAUCAAACGCUCCCUCCACUCUGCGACUGGCUUUAGGUUUAUUUGUGAUAAUCCGGCCUUGCCUGUUCCGUGUCACUGGGAGAGAAUCAAUACAGAUGAGCCCUAUCAGAUCAUCCAGCUUGGAAGAGACACCUACGAGUUUAAAGAGGUCGCCAGACUGUACGAACGGACGAUGGAUCAUCCGAUCAAAUCCAUCCAGAGGAUUCAGAACCUGGACUUAUGGGAAUUCUUCUGCAGGAAGAAAACACAGUUGCGAAAAGUCAAGCGCACAUUGGAUAUUGAGGAGCGAAUGCUGUUUCAUGGCACAGGACACAGUAACAUACAAGCUAUAUGUACUUUUAACUUUGACUGGCGGCUCACAGGAAGCCAUGGCGAUGUCUAUGGGAAAGGGAGCUACUUUGCCCGGGAUGCUAAAUACUCCAGUAAAUUCUGUCACACCACAGGGAAGCACAACACCACCCUGCAGAGACACGGCCUCGCCCCUCCAAUAUUUGCUAGUGAGCCGCCCUACAAGUCCAUGUUCCUGGCCAGAGUUCUUGUCGGAGAAUACACAGUCGGUCAUCCCAUGUACUGCAGGCCGCCCUCCAAGGACACCAGCUUCACCAGCUUUUACGACAGUUGUGUGGACGACAUGGCCAAUCCAAAGAUUUAUGUCAUUUUUGACAGCAAUCAGAUUUACCCAGAGUAUCUGAUUGAGUUCUACUGAGGCCCAACAACAAGGCAAGUCUGAUCCAGAGCCGAACAGGAGCAUGGCUCAUCUAUAAAGUGCCUUUGGAGAAACUGGGAAAACGAAGACAAUAAAGACUCUGUGUACAGUUUGUGUACUGUACAGUGUAUUCUGGAGCGGGCACUUGUGGUCGGAAUGUUUCUGCAGUGUAAAAAGAUAUUUAAAGAUGGUUUUUUGGGGGAGGGCAUUUUAGCCUUCAAUUGAUAGGGCAGACAAGCGUGAAAGGGGGAGAGAGAGGCUGGAGUUGAACCCGGGCCGCUGCGGCAACAGCCUUGUACAUGGGGCACCUGCUCUAUCCACUAAGCCACCGACGCCCCUCUGCAGUGUAAAAAGGAUGAAAUUACUGAUUUGAGAUCAGUCAUUGUGGCAGUUUUGUAUUAGAUGCAGAAAAACGUGCUUGCUUCUUCAAUAUCUGUGCACAGUUUAAAAUAAGAGAGGCACUUGCAGCCUGUAGGUCAGUGAUACUCAACUUACGGGGGCCAAAUCUUGCUCGCAGUAGGGUCCUGGGCAGCCUGCCAACCAUUUUCUAAUUCACUGUAACACAGUGUUAAUUUCGUUAAAGAACACUAUGACAAAAAAGAGUUUGUCAACAAGAGACAUUGACAAGCUAAAAAUAGAUCAUAAAAACAAUGACGAAACAUAUGAUUAAUUUUCUUCGAUGAGACAAGACAGGACAAAAAUGUUAGUGGUGUACUAUCGGACAUUCGAAAUUAGAAAAGAGGAGAAUAAAUGACCAGUUUUUUCAAUGAAAUUUCAUAGAAAAAUGUUUUAAACUAGGAAGCCAAGAACGGCAGUACUUGCAUUUUUAUAAUGCAAUAUGAGCAAUGUGAGGUCGGUGCAGCUAUGUGUCAGCAAACUCCAGUAAAUAGUCAGUGCUAGAAUAGAGUAGUAUAGAAGUCCUUCAUUGUCAUUGUACCAGUACAAUGAAAUUUAAAAGCUACAACUGUACAUGGUGCGAGUUAAAAGGAACAACUGUGACAACCCAGAUUAAUACCUUCAUACCUUCAUCAGAGUUGUGAGCUGUAAUUCGGCAGUAAACAAGCAGCUGUAUGUGUCGGAUUGUGGAUGAUGGAGCUGUUGAAUAGAUUUGUGGAGUUUGUAAGUUGCAGCAGUGGCUGUUAGCAGCUAGCUCCGCUUGUUUCAGGGUGAAAUGAAGUUAUUUUUCUGCUUCUUCAAAGUGGGAUUAAUAUGUCUGAGUUUAUGAUGAAUCUUGGAACAAAUCAUAGUUGUCACGUUUGUGAUCUCAAAGUUUUUGAGACCAUAAAUAGACAGAUGUUGAGCUUUUUUAAUGGUGAUCAGUAAGUGUGUGCAGAUAAAUCAUCCCUUAAACCUGUCAAAAACUCUGCCGGGGAAAUGCAAGUUUGUAAAUGUGAAGAAAUUAAUUGUAGUUGUAGAAAAAAAGUCUAAAUUUUAAGACAUGAUACAACCUGUCACCUUGAUUCCAGUUUCUGAUACCUGUAUUAGGGCUGGGCGAUAUAAGAUAAGAUAAACUUUAUUGUCCCAAGCGGGAAAUUUGUCUUUGGCACAUAGUGCAACAUAGCUGCAUAGCCGUUACAACCAUCAUAUACAAACAAGACACACAGAAGACAACCAUGUAGUACGCAAGGCGCAGAUUUGAAUAACAUAACAGUGCAAUUAGGACUGUACGAUAUAUCGAUACAUUUUCAAGCAAGAUAUUGAUUUAGACAACACUGUUUAUAUUGAUAUAGGGUCAAGCUGCGUUACAUAACGCAUACUAGUGAGCAUCUCGCCUCUCUCAUACUGUCCACACAGCUCCACCCCACUCACUCACUCACUCACUCACUCAUUAAUUCACUCACUCACUCACUCACUCACAAGUUCUCCAGCAACAUUCAGAGAGACACAGAGCUGCUCCUCUGUUUAAUCUGUCUGUUAGUCCACAGUGUGACAUCGGUCUGUAUGUUGCACAUGCUACACUAAAUCAGUCUGUGAGAUGUGGAAAAUGACUUUUUAACUCCUUCCACAAAGUUUUUUUAAUUGUUUCAAACCUACUUGAUACCUUUUUACUCAUGUUAUAGUUUUGUUUUCUGUGUUGCAAACCUUUAAACCUCUGUAGCUCCAGUGCUGUGUGCAAAAACGUUAACUGUACAGCCCCGCUCUUUAUUUGAUUUAAUUUUUCAUUUACAUGUUGUGCAGCUGUAUAUUUUAAAACAGGGGAAAAAUCCCUGUCUUUGCAUUUUAUUUAGAUCGCAGUCUGUUUUUAUAAAAGUGCUCGUGACAUCUGAAAUGUGGCUUUGACUUCCAGCUGAAAACAUGUUGCCCAUUUCGUAGAAAAUACCGAGAUAUACAUCGUGUAUCACCAGUCAGCCUGUAAAUACCGAGAUAUGAAUUUUUGUCCAUAUCGCCCAGCCCUAACCUGUAUUAGCCCAGGUAUGAAGGAUAAAAAUGACUAAAAUGUGACUUAAACUAAUUUGCAUUUUCAUCUCAAGUGAAGACCAAAUCUAAAGUAGCUGCCAAAAUUAACACUGCAAUUCAAAUACUGGGAAUUCUUCUUGUACUUUAAAUGUAAAUAAGGUGUAUGAGUGCAUCAAAAUGGAGCCUGUUCAUAACAACUCUUCAGAAAGCGGUCCCGGGCAAAUCAAGUUGAGUAUCCCUGCUGUAGGUUACAGGUGGUGUCCUGCCAUCGGCCACAGCCCCUCCUCCACAUCCACAGUGCCACGCAUGAGCUUAUUUACAAGUUAUGUAGACAUUAUUCCAAAGGACGAAACCAAAAACCACAAGACGUUCCUGCUCACUUAUUCAGCACCGUGACCCGUCAGUUAGUCACAUCAACAUAUCUGUGUGUACCUAGUACAAUGUAUUACGUAGGCAUGGAUUAGUUUUUUUGUUUUUAUUCAGAAAAACGCUUCUACCUCUGCAUUAUUUUUAACCAUGCAUCAGUGCACUUUCCCCCCUUUCCAUGAAAGGUUCUGUAACUGUGUCACAAUGACAUAAAGUCGUGAUGUCUUGUGGUCCUUGAGCAAUAUGUUUCUGUGUAUCUUUUCUGAACAUUGACUUCAAACUUGAGAAAACUUGACAGCGGCUGGAGUUGGGUUUUGUGGGUGUUUGCAGCCAAGUUCAUUCCAAAGCAAAAGUAGAUCAGUUCAUUCGAAUUAAAAGAAUACUUGACCCGCAAAAUGACCAUUUGUAUAUUAGUUACUUCCUGUGUGUUACGUGGAAUAUGUGAAGAAAGCUUUUAUUUCUCUGGCAUGUUUCCAUGGUGAAUGGAGAAUCCAAAAAAGGUGAACAUUCUUUAGAAAUUAAAGUCAUUGGGAACCUAAAACAUCACUUCAGUUAGGAACACUUUUGUCAACAAAAACUUUAUUUCCAUUUGCAGAAUUAUAUUUGGCGGUAUGGCUCUGUUCUGGGGUCCCUUUGCCUUUCCUGAGGCCUAUGUAGAAAGCAUCUUCUACGCACUUACAUGGAAAGCCUAAGGCAGGAAGAGCACAC